UUAAUUUUAAUUGCCAAAUUUAAGCUGUUGUGACCCACACACAAGCAAGAGUGUACAAUUCAUCAAGUAGAUAGAAAAGAGAGCACAGCCUCUGGACUCUGCACUCGUCCCUUUUUUAUUGCUUUUUCUAUCAACAGAUUUCUUCCUAGAUUCCUGGUAUUCAACUACGUGUUCCUGUAAAAAAUAAGUUGUGGGGGGCAAACUGGCCCGUGAUUUGAAUAAGAAUUUUGAACUUCCUUAGAAAUAAUGGGAUAUUUAUGUGACUAUUGUGGGGAACACAGAUCAAUGGUGUACUGCCGAUCUGAUACAGCUUUUUUGUGCUUGUCCUGUGAUCGAAAUGUUCACUCUGCUAAUGCCCUUUCGAAGCGACAUUCUCGGACUCUUGUUUGUGAAAGAUGUAAUGCCCAGCCUGCUUUAGUUAGAUGUAUUGAUGAAGAAGUAUCUCUAUGCCAGAAAUGUAAUUGGGAGGGUCAUGAUGAGAAAACUUCAUUUCAUAAGCAGCAAAGUAUAGAUUAUUAUACUGGCUGCCCUUCUGCAUCAGAGCUUUCCAAAAUCUGGUCAUUCAUCUUAGAUAUUCCUCUGCCUUCAUCAGAUAAUUCUACUUGUCAAGAAGGAUUAGGUUUAUUGAGUAUUUCUGAGAGUGGUACAAAGAACUGCAUGGAUCAUGUUGAUAAAAAUGACAAUCAAGCUGCAGUUGCUGAUGGGAAUGAUCUCAAUGAAUCAAUUUUUUGGAGUGGACGUGCAUCUAGCCCUGAACUCCGUCUGCGUGAAUGUCCAGACCAACCUGGGUGUACAGAAUCCUCUCAGAUGUUUUAUUCCUCUUAUAGAGUUGUUGCAACAUCCGAGGAUGACCUGUUUGCAGACAUAGACAUGGAUGAAGUUGACAUAAAUUUUGAGAACUAUGACGAGCUCUUUGGUGUUACUCUUACUCACUCGGAACAAUUGCUUGAGAAUGGUGGAAUUAACAGCUUGUUUUCAAGACAUGACAUGCGCAUAGCUGAUUCUAAUUGCCAGGGUGGAUUGGGUGCUGAGGGGGCAUCGGCUGGAAUUACUGGUCAAAUGCAGCCAGCAUGCAGCAAUGCAGCAUCUGCUGACUCAAUCAUGAGUGUCAAAACUGAACCAAACAUUGGCUUUGCGGCAAAGCAAGCCCAUUCUGGUCUCUCCUUUUCUGGCCUUACUGGAGAGAGUAGCGGUGGGGAUUAUCAGGACUGUGGAGCUUCUUCAUUGCUUUUACUUGGAGAGCCACCCUGGUGUCCUCAAGGUCCUGAAAGUUCUAACCAAUCCACUAUUCGAACUGAAGCUGUUAUGCGAUAUAAGGAAAAGAAGAAGACCAGAAAGUUUGAGAAGAGAGUUAGAUAUGCAUCUCGCAAAGCCAGGGCUGACGUGAGGAAGCGUGUGAAGGGCCGAUUUGUCAAGGCUGGUGAUGCUUAUGAUUACGAUCCUUUGAACGAUACUAGGAGCUUCUGAAGAGAGCAUGUCAGCACCAAAAUCCAUGUUGUAAUU